AUGGAGUCAAAAGAUAAGGUUAAGGAGGUCGUGAAGGGGCCGAAUGGCUUGAUGUAUAAUGGGAUCAUGUGUUUUGAUGAAGAGGCUAAAUGUGUUAAGGAAAAAGAAGUGAAAGAAGAGGUAGUGACCAACGUAGAAAAGGAGUUGCACACUAAUGUAGGUGAGAUGCCGAUUAUGGAUAAGGUUCGAAAUACCAAGUUUAUUGAUCUAGACAAUCAAUGGUGGAUGAGUAAUAUUUUUUCACACAUCUUGCAUGUCGAUGUAGAUGAGAUGCCGAUGAUGCAUAAGGUUUGGGAUAUCGAGGAUGAAUCGGGAGAAGAUCAUUUUGAUAUGCAGGAAACUAGAACAUUUAACCAUGCCAAAGAGUAA